AUGACAUCUGAAGCAUAUGUGCCUAAAAGAUAUGAGUCUCUAGAGAACCCUUUUGCUCAUAAACCGCCGCGUAAGCGUUCUCGUCGUGGUUCUGGUUUUUGCGGGUGCCUGAGGUGUUGUUGCUGCUGCUUUAGUUUCUGCCGUUGCUGCAUUUGCACCAUUUUUAUCAUAAUUAUACUCUUGGUGGGAAUUGGUUUGGCUUUAUUUUACUUUAUUAAGCCUAAGGUUCCUUCCUAUGACAUUGAACACAUUAAUGUCAAGUCAUUUGAUAUCAGAAAGGAAAGUAAGGUAUACACUGAUGUUGUCAUUGUCGUGAAAGCGGAUAAUCCUAAUGAAGAAAUCGGAUUGGACUAUUUGGAGAAUGAAGUUGGGAUAAUGUACGUAGGAUCUCAACUUAGCUCGGGGCAGAUCCCUCCUUUCUUGCAGCCAGGGAAAAACACAACAACGGUCAACGUGGAAUUGAAGGGGGAAAAUGAAUUUAGUGUUGAAAUGCAAAAUCACUUUAUGGAAGACCAGGAAAAAGGGAAUAUUCCUUUGUUGAUAACAGUGAAGCUUCCCAUAAGGAUCGUGAUUAAUGAUUUGAUUCAUCUCAGAAAAGUUGUGGUUAAUUUAAAUUGUUCCGUGGUUAUUGACAAGUUGGAAGUCAACAAAAGUCCUAAGAUUUUGGACAAAGUUUUCAGCUAUGGCAUAGAGUUCUGA